CUUCCUUCGUCACUCAAGAAAAGGGGAGCAUUUGCAAGCCGGGGCAUCAUUACAACAAUCAAUCGCUAAACGUCUUUGAAUCAUCUAACAGCAGCAGCAGCAGGAGGGUACAAUGUCGCUCAUCCCAAGCUGGUUCGGCGGCCGUCGCAGCAACGUCUUCGACCCCUUCUCCCUUGACCUCUGGGAUCCCUUCAAGGACUUCCCUUUGCCUUCCUCUUCCCUCGUCGCCUCUAAUUUCCCUCAAACUUUCCGGGAAAACACUGCUUUUGUGAACACGAGGAUCGACUGGAAGGAGACCCCAGAAGCCCAUGUGUUCAAGGCGGAUCUCCCUGGGCUCAAGAAAGAGGAAGUCAAGGUGGAGAUCGAAGACGAUCGGGUGCUCCAGAUAAGCGGCGAGAGGAACGUGGAGAAGGAGGACAAGAACGAUACGUGGCACCGGGUGGAGAGAAGCAGCGGCAAGUUCAUGAGGAGGUUCAGGUUGUCCGAGAAUGCGAGGUUGGAUCAGGUGAAGGCCUCGAUGGAGAAUGGAGUGCUCACCGUCACUGUUCCGAAAGUGGAGGAGAAGAAGCCUGAGGUCAAGGCUAUUGAGAUCUCUGGUUGAAUUAAGCUUCUUGUAAUUUCAAGAAUGAUCGCUCUUGUGUCCGGUAAUGUUUGCGUCCGGUGAAUAAGUGUACUUUUGGAGUUCUUUCUGUAAUGAGUCAUAUAAGAAAUUGUAGGUGUUUGUGUGACUGUGUAAUCGAAGUGUCAUCUCUGUUUAUGAUGUUAUAUUGUAGUUUUCUCGGGCCAUAAGGCGGGCGUUGAAUAUGAAUAAUCUAUUAAUCUUUUUCGAGUUUUGCA